AUGUUGCUACGUCUACAACGUUACAACCUGAGAGUAGUCUACAAACCAGGCAGCCAAAUGUAUCUAGCCGAUCAUCUGUCAAGAGCGCCACUUCCUGUCAUAGAAGAGUUCCAAUCCGAGUUUGAAGUAUUUGCUGUCGAGGUGGAGUCAAUCAACCCUCUUGAGUCCAUCAAGGUUAGCCCAGACAGAUUGAACCAGAUUCAGAAAGCCACUGGACAAGAUCUCAUACUAGAAACCCUAAAGUCCACAGUCCUGCAAGGAUGGCCAGAGACAAAAGAUGAAGUACCUCAGAACAUAAGAGAAUACUGGAACUUCCGCGAAGAGAUAACCCUGUACAAUGGUAUCCUGUUGAAGAAUCAACGAGUCAUCAUACCUAAAGCAAUGAGGCCAGAAAUCCUGUCAAGGAUCCACUCUAGUCAUCAAGGCAUAACCUCAUGCAUCAGAAAAGCCAGAGAUGUGGUAUUUUGGCCAAACAUGUCUUCAGACAUCAAGGAAAUAGUGGAUAGAUGUCCAGUUUGUGCUGAGAACCAACCACAGAACAACUUCAUAGAAGUUGAUGAACUGGUUGAUAGCACCAUAUCAGCUGAAGUAAUCAAAGCUUUGAAACAACAGUUCAGCCGUCAUGGUAUUCCAGAUACUCUAGUUACUGAUAAUGGACCACAAUUUGAUUGUAAAGAGUUUCAACAGUUUGCAAAAGAAUGGGAGUUUGAACAUUUAUCAUCCUCACCAUAUCAUGCUAUCAGCAAUGGGAAAGCAGAAUCAGCUGUCAAAGUUGUAAAGCAGCUAUUCAAGAAAUCGAAUGAUCCAUUCAUGGCACUACUUAAUUACAGAAACACCCCAACUGAAGGUCUUGAUACCAGCCCAACUCAGCGCCUUAUGUCAAGGAGGACACGAACUUUACUAUCAACCGUCUCCAGCUUACUUAAUCCAGAAGUUCCCAGAGAUGUGAAAAGGAAAAUAGAAAAGAAGAGACAGAAAGCAAAGUUAUACUAUGACCAAAAGGUAAAGGUCCUUCCACAGAUAGAAGUAGUGAGAAGGAACAGACAAGCACUAAAGAUGUCCAACCCAGAAAGAAACCAAGUCAACAACUCAGAGACAAGCAGCAGUGAUGAUGCACCGCCUGUGGUCAACCCACUGAAACAAGAAAACCAGGAAAUCAGAAAACCAGAACCACAGAAAACCAGAACCAGAGAUGUUAAACUACCUGCCAAGUUUAAAGACUUUGUUAUGUAA